CUUCUUUCCAGAUGCAGUGACUGUGGUGUGUCUUUGUCCCAUCGGUACUAUGAAAAGGACGGAAGACUUUUCUGUAAAAAGCACUACUGGGCACGGUUUGGUGGCAUGUGUCAGGGUUGCUCAGAGCACAUCACUAAAGGACUAGUUAUGGUAGCAGGAGAGCACAAGUAUCAUCCCGAAUGCUUCUUGUGUUCACGAUGUGCCUCUUUCAUUGGUGAUGGAGAAACAUAUGCUCUAGUGGAGAGGUCCAAGUUGUACUGUGGACCAUGCUACUAUCAAACCUCAUUGACUCCAGUGAUUGACUCUCCAGUCUCUCGAUCACCUCACACAGUGACUCUGGUAUCUCUUCCUGCAUCAGAUGGCAGACGUGGGCUGUCUGUUUCCAUCACUCCAUCAUGUGCUGAGCACUCUCACACUGUGCGAGUCCGUGAGGUAGACAAUGACUGCCUCAGUCCUGACAUUCAAGGUUCAAUUCAUGUUGGGGACCGAAUACUAGAGAUCAACGGCACCCCUAUUCGCAGUGUUCCACUGGAUGAGAUUGAUGUCUUGAUACAGGAGACCAGUCGUCUCCUGCAGCUGACCAUUGAGCAUGACCCUCAUGAGAACAGUGCCAUGUCUACUCCAUGUACAGAGUCUGGAGUCAGGCGUCAAAAACCAGUCACACGCAGCUGCAGUAUAGACAGAUCUCCUGGAUCUAGUUGUGUGGGAUCCCCAUCGUGUUCACGGAGAGACAUGUGUCGCUCCGAAUCUGUGCGUGGUGUUGCAGGUGCCCAUCGCAUAUUCAGGCCCUCAGACCUCAUUCCUGGGGAGGUUCUGGGAAGGGGCUGCUUCGGACAAGCAAUUAAAGUUACUCAUCGUCAGACUGGUGAGGUUAUGGUGAUGAAGGAGUUAAUUCGGUUUGAUGAAGAAACUCAACGAACCUUUUUAAAAGAGGUGAAGGUAAUGCGCUGCCUGGAACACCCAAACGUGCUGAAAUUUAUCGGAGUGCUUUAUAAGGACAAAAGAUUGAACUUCAUAACAGAAUACAUCCCUGGAGGCACCCUGCGAAGAGUGAUAAAGGGCAUGGAUGCUCAAUAUCCCUGGAAUCAAAGGGUUAGCUUUGCCAGAGAUAUAGCUGCUGGAAUGACCUACCUCCAUUCUAUGAAUAUAAUCCAUCGGGACUUGAAUUCUCACAACUGCCUUGUGCGAGAGGAUGGCAGUCUGGUUGUGGCAGAUUUUGGGUUGGCUCGAUUAGUAACAGAUGAAGCUCGGGACCUGCGGAAAGACAGAAGGAAACGGUACACUGUGGUGGGGAAUCCUUAUUGGAUGGCACCAGAAAUGAUAAACGGGAGAAUCUAUGAUGAGUCAGUGGAUGUUUUCUCCUUUGGAAUUGUGAUCUGUGAGAUAAUUGGUCGUGUUAGUGCAGACCCGGACUAUCUCCCACGCACACUGGAUUUUGGGUUGAAUGUGCGUGCCUUCUUGGACCGAUUUUGCCCCCCAAAUUGUCCACCAGGCUUCUUUCCUAGUGCAGUAUUAUGCUGUGACAUGGACCCUGAGAAAAGGCCCAGCUUCUCACAGCUCCAGCUCUGGUUGGACUCAUUGCUCAGGCACUUGACUCUUCAGCUCCCUAUUAGUUCACAUCUUGAGCAGCUCGAGCGAAGCUUUUGGGAGACAUAUCAUAGAGGAGAGAGUACCCUGCACUCCCAUCCUGAAAUCACAGAAUAA